AUGGCCGACUCAAGCAACACAGCAGCCUCCGCGCCCCAGUUCGUGCGCGCGUGUCGGAGCUGCGCGGUAGCCAAGACGAAAUGCGUCCCCGUUGCCGGCGCCGCAAGCAGCGACUGCGAACGCUGCCACCGCCUCAAGCGCGUCUGUGUGCGAGACGCCCCGAGCCAGCGGAAGAGAAAGCCGCCCACUGCCAAGAAUGCGCGACUGGAGCAGAAGCUGGACCAGCUCGUGACGCUUCUGGCAAGCAACCCGCCGGGCCAGGGCCGCGCCCAUCAGUCGUCCUCGUCGACGACGCCUGAACGCCCGCAACACACUCCCAGCACUACCAACACCGCUCCCUCUGAACCCAGUGAAAGUGCCCAGACGCGCCCGAGACCAAGCUCUCCGCCAAUAUCGGGCGAAAGAGGAGCCUUCAGUGCCCGUCCGGUCCUGGUACCAUGCGACCCUUCGGAACUCGAACCCGAUGAUGCCAGGACUGCAGAAUGCCUGUUUAAUUAUCGGACUUACAUGUCCAAGUACUUUCCCUUCGUCAUCAUUCCCGCGGAUGCCACAGUCCAGACUCUGCGUGACACCAAGCCGUUCCUGCUCAAGGCAAUCGUCGUCGUGGCCUCCAUCCAGGACCUGGCUAAGCAGAGAGCGCUUGGGCAUGCCUUGAUGGGCGAGCUCACAACGCAACUGUUGGUUCAGGGUAGAAGAAGCGUCGACUUGCUGCAGGGAAUCCUGGUCUGGCUGGCUUGGUAUCACGUCCACUUUUUUACUAACCCGCAAACAACCAAUCUAUUGCAGCUUGCCGUAGGCUUGGUCAUCGAUCUCGGCUUGAAGCGGGGCGCGCGCGCUUAUGGAUCGGAGAGGCUUGAAAGAGAUGAGCGGCGCGCUCUGCUCGGUUGCUUCUACUUGUCUACCAUUGUAGCCCAGUGGGCCAAGCGGUACGACUCGCUGCGGUACAGCGCCCAAUUCGCUGAUGUUUGCCGCUACCUGGAAGAAGCCGAAGAGUACCCAUCGGAUCGGUACCUCGUAUAUCUCGUGCGCCUGCAGUGUAUUGUCCAGCGCAUUGAGCGGAAAGUGCCCAUUGAUGACUUCACGGCUGACACCAUGAUUCCGAUCGCCAUGUUUGUAAAGGCACUGCAUGGUGAGCUCAACGAUUUCAAAAAAUCCCUUCCUGCGGAUCUUGCAGAUCAUCCUACAAUGUGGCUGCAUUACUACAGCGCGGAAAUAUACCUGUACGAGAUCAGCCUGAGUUCUCUCCCAAGUACGACCCAAUACGGCGACUAUACUUACCGUCGGCUGGAAAUGCUCAACGCCUGCAUGCAUGCCGCCCGGGCCUUCAUCGAUACGUACCACCAGAUCCCGCCGUCGCACUACAUCAACAUGCCCUUCAUGCACUUCGCGCAACUCACAAGCACCAUCAUCGCCCUAUCAAAGCUAACCCGCCUCGAGUGCCCGGGUUGGGACCAGGCGUACGCUCAGGAGUUCAUCGACUUUGGUGGCAUCAUGAUGAAGACGUCAGCGCGUUACGAGGAAGCGCGCACUGUGGCAGAGGUGCCUGUUGCCGACAAUCCGCUCUUCACGUUCUUCGCACGUAAACUGCGCUUUAUCAAGGCUUGGAAUGAAGCAAAGCAGAAAGGAACGGAGCAGGCACUCGAGGCCAGGGAGGAUAGCCGCCGCGCAAAGGCCGCAAAGGCAGCAGAAGCGGCGACGGCGAGUGGUUCAGGCACCCCGGCGGCCCCUGUGUCUGGGGCUGCAGGUAAGAGUGAUGGUGCGAGUCUGAACGUCAAUAUAGGUGGCGAGCCGAUGCAACUAGAGCACAUCGGCCAGGAUGACAUUUUCGAGCAACUUGACCCAACCUUCUGGCAAGAGUGGGCAACGGGGGAUCUGACCAUGUGGGAUGCUGAUGCUAUGCAGCAAUCCUGCAAUUGGAGCUUCGAGGGGAUGGGUGGAGGAUAUCAGUGA